AUGCUCCUAGGGGCGUCCUGGCUGUGCUCCUCCAAGGCUGCCGCCGCAGAGAAGCGAGCAGCGGAGGAGAGGCGGAGGCGGCGGGCGGCUUCUGCAGCGGCGGGAGGCGGCGGCGGGGGCAACGGCGAGGGACCACCAGCCGCCGCCGGAGGGGCCAUGGACGAGUCGUCGUUGUUAGACUUGUUGGAGUGCUCCGUGUGCCUGGAGCGCCUGGACACGACGGCCAAGGUGCUCCCCUGCCAGCACACCUUCUGCCGCCGCUGCCUGGAAAGCAUUGUCAGCUCCCGCCACGAGCUGCGGUGCCCCGAGUGCCGCAUCCUGGUGGGCUGCGGCGUGGACGAGCUGCCCGCCAACAUCCUGCUUGUCCGCCUGCUGGACGGCAUUCGACAGAGACCCCGCGCCGGCGCUGGAGGCGGCUGCUGCGGGGGCGGCAACUGCGGCCCCGGCAGCCCCAAAUCCCAGGGCAACGCUGGCCCUUCAGGCGGCGGCAGCGAAGGCGGCCCUACCGCCGCUGGAGGAGGAGGAGGAAGCAGUGUGGUUCCCCCUGUUAACCCCGGUUGUCAACCCGUGGCGGUGGCAACCACGUCCACCGGCUCUCCGAGCGUGGCCGCUGCCGCGGCUUCAGCCGCCGCCAGCCUGAGGGAACUCGCCGCCGCCAGCCGGAGCGCCUUGCUUAAGAACCCCACUCAGCUUCCCUAUGGAAAAGCUCUUUAUGCUUAUGAAGGGAAAGAACCUGGUGACCUCAAAUUUAACAAAGGAGACCUUAUUAUACUGCGCCGAAAAGUAGACGAGAAUUGGUAUCAUGGGGAACUGAAUGGAAAUCAUGGUUUUUUCCCAGCAAGCUACAUCCAGUGUAUCAAGCCUCUUCCACCAGCUCCACCCCAAGGCAAAGCACUUUAUGACUUUGAAAUAAAGGACAAAGAUCAAGACAAAGACUGUUUGACUUUCACCAAGGAUGAAAUUUUGACUGUCAUCAGGAGAGUAGAUGAUAAUUGGGCAGAAGGAAUGUUGGGGGAUAAAAUUGGAAUAUUCCCUAUUCUGUAUGUGGAGCUCAAUGAAUCAGCUAAGCAGCUUAUUGAGAUGGACAAGACCAAUGUAGCUGCUGCAUCUGGCAGUGAUGUCCCUUUGCCAGCUGACACUAACCUGGCAAUAAGCACAGCCCAGUGCUGUACCCUGAACAGUGCCGGAGCAGUCAGCGCCAUUCAGCGGCACAUUGAUGGGAAGAAGAACACCAAGAAGCGCCACUCCUUCACUGCUCUCAGUAUGACGCACAAAUCCUCCCAGGCCACGAAUAACAGGCACUCCAUGGAGAUUAGUGCCCCUGUCCUGAUAAGUUCAAGUGACCCCCGUGCUGCGGCCAGGAUUGGAGAUGUGGCUCAUCUCUCCACCAGUGCACCGGUCCAGGAUUCUACUUCAGCUGGAUCUGCAACCAUGGCUGGGCACAGAACAAGUGCAGUUGCUGGAGAUCAAGGAACACCACCGAAGGUUCAGCUACCACUCAAUAUUUACUUGGCAUUAUAUGCAUACAAACCCCAGAAGACAGAUGAGUUAGAGCUACGAAAGGGGGAAAUGUAUCGUGUUAUCGAGAAGUGUCAGGAUGGCUGGUUCAAAGGGACAUCCUUGAGAAAUGGCAUGUGUGGAGUCUUUCCAGGCAAUUAUGUUACUCCUGUUUCCAGGGUCCCCACAGCAACUAGCCAGCCCAGGAAUUUAACGGGGGGCUCUCCAACAGCAAAAGGCUCCCCUCGAGAUGCUCAGCCAGGAGCCCCAGCUCUUACCAAUUCUGCUCCUGUUGCCAGACCAGCGGUUCCAAUCACGACUCCUCCCUCGCAGACCCAGCUGCCGGCAGGCUCCCCCCAGAUGAACAACUGUAUGAGAUACUCUUCUCAGCACACAGUUGCCCAGCCUCGCAGUUCUGUGCAAAUGGUUGUGCACAAUUCUGUGCAGGCACAGGAUCGGCCCACAGCCACAGUCUCACCACUGAGAACUCAGAAUUCUCCGUCUCGCCUCCCAGCAACUGUCAUCAGGUCACACUCAGUGGUUUCUCCACAACACAUCCACCACUCUCCUGUGCAUGUCAUCCCUGGAGCACAGUGCUCCAGACCUAUUAUUCCUCUCACUUCCGCAGCAGCAGCAAUUACUCCUCCCAAUGUCACUGCAGUCAAUCUGAAUGGAGAAACUGGAAAUGGGCCCAUCAGUAGCUUGGUGACUUGUAGCCCAACCAACGCAGCUUGCAAAACAGAAGAACGGAAAAAUGAAAAGAAAGAAAAGAAAAGCGGACUCUUAAAACUUCUAGCAGGAGCAUCAACAAAAAAGAAACCCCGGUCUCCUCCCUCAAUGUCUCCAACACAUGACCCUAUGGCAAUAGUGGAAGGGAUGCUGCAGGGCGCAAUGGGACCUGAACUGUCCUCUCUCUCCAGCCAUGGAAGGGCAGGAUCGUGCCCUGUAGAAAGUGAAAUGCAAGGAGCAAUGGAGAUGGAACCGCUGCACAGAAAGGCGGGGUCUUUGGAUUUGAAUUUUUCUAUUCCUUCUCCCAUAAGGCAACUUCCACCUUCAGUGGCAACCAGCCACCCAGAAGCUAAGCCAUUGUCUCGAGAAAGAUACCGUGUGGUGGUCCCAUAUCCCCCGCAAAGUGAAGCUGAGAUUGAACUGAAGGAGGGUGACAUUGUGUUCGUCCACAAGAAAAGGGAAGACGGUUGGUACAAAGGGACGUUACAGAGGAAUGGCAGGUCAGGCCUUUUCCCCGGCAGCUUCGUGGAGAGCUUUUGAAGGCUUUGGUUCCAAACUUGAGGGACCUCCUGGAAGAAAUGCCAGAGCACAAAAUCAUAUAAAGCAGCAGCAAACUUUCCUGAUGUCCACUGCCAUAAUGGGAGAGAGCCAUGAUUGCAAUUUCCAAAGGCUCUCAGCUCUUCAAUUGACCACCUGGGAAACACAGAGGCUUGCAGUGCUUUCAAACCCACAUACAAUACAUGCAGCGAUAUGUUGGAGUCGUGCCUUCUACGUGGAACAGAUCAGAGAUGGAGAGGACACACUUUAAAAUCCAGCCAGUAUACUCUGUGUAAAUGAUAGAGAAACUAUGUUUGAAAAAGAAAAGAAACUUGUUCUAUUGCUGUAAUUUA